AUGGGCGCGCUGCUCCGGACGCUGCUGUUGCCGCUGCUGGCCCAGUGGCUCCGGCUGGCGGCCCCGGCGCUGGCCUCCGCACCCUUCACGCUGCCCCUCCGGGUGGCGGCGGCCGGGUGGCCUUCGCCCACGCCCGGGGCCAGGGUCGCCCCCCGGCCCGCCGCCGCCGCGCCCCGGGCAGACGGCCUGGCUCUAGCCCUGGAGCCCGCUGGGGGCGCGGGCAACUUCUUGGCGGUGGUGGACAACCUGCAGGGAGAUUCCGGGCGCGGCUACUACCUAGAGAUGCUGAUCGGGACCCCGCCGCAAAAGCUACAGAUCCUCGUGGACACCGGGAGCAGUAACUUCGCGGUGGCGGGGGCGCCGCAUUCCUACAUCGACUCGUACUUCGACUCCCAGAGGUCCAGCACAUACCGCUCCAAGGGCUUCGAGGUCACCGUGAAGUACACGCAGGGGAGCUGGAGAGGCCUAGUUGGGGAAGAUGUCGUUACCAUCCCCAGAGGCUUCAACAGUUCUUUCCUUGUCAACAUCGCCACUAUUUUUGAGUCAGAGAAUUUCUUUUUGUCUGGUAUUAAAUGGAAUGGAAUACUUGGGCUUGCCUAUGCCACCCUAGCCAAGCCAUCGAGUUCCCUGGAGACGUUCUUUGAUUCCCUUGUGCGCCAGGCAAAGAUCCCCAACAUCUUCUCCAUGCAGAUGUGCGGUGCAGGAUUGCCGGUGGCUGGAAUUGGUACCAACGGAGGUAGUCUUGUCUUGGGUGGAAUUGAGCCAAGUCUGUAUACGGGAGACAUCUGGUAUACACCUAUUAAGGAGGAGUGGUAUUACCAGAUAGAAAUUCUGAAACUGGAAAUUGGAGGCCAAAGCCUUAAUCUGGACUGCAGAGAGUACAAUGCAGACAAGGCCAUCGUGGACAGUGGGACCACUCUCCUGCGGCUGCCCCAGAAGGUGUUUGAUGCGGUGGUGGAAGCCGUGGCUCGCGAGUCUCUGAUUCCAGAAUUCUCUGACGGCUUCUGGACUGGGUCCCAGCUGGCAUGCUGGACCAAUUAUGAAACCCCUUGGUCUUACUUUCCUAAAAUCUCCAUCUACCUGAGAGAUGAGAACUCCAGCCGGUCAUUCCGAAUAACUAUCCUGCCCCAGCUGUACAUUCAGCCCAUGCUGGGGGCGGGUCUGAAUUACGAGUGCUACCGCUUUGGCAUCUCUCCUUCCUCAAACGCGCUGGUGAUUGGUGCGACGGUGAUGGAGGGCUUCUACGUUGUCUUUGACAGAGCUCAGAAGAGAGUGGGCUUCGCCAGGAGUCCCUGUGCAGAAAUUGCAGGUGCUCCGGUGUCUGAAAUUUCUGGGCCUUUCUCAACAGAGGACAUAGCCAGCAGCUGUGUCCCCACCCUCCCUCUGAACCAGCCCAUCCUCUGGAUUGUCUCCUAUUCGCUCAUGAGCAUGUGUGGGAUCAUCCUUCUGAUCUUAAUCGCCCUGUUGCUACUUCCGUUCCGGUGUCGGCAUCAGCCCCGCCACCCGGAGGUCGUCAACGAUGAGUCCUCUCUUGUGCGCCAUCGCUGGAAAUGAACUGGGGUGACCUUGAACUCAGCGGCAGCGAGAAUGAUGGCCGAAGUGCAGGAGGCAGGGCUCCGAGGCCCCCCGCUGCCUCCAGGACCCACAAGUCUUAAGUCACUCUCUGCUCCCAGAUGCCUUCCAGAUCCACUGUAUUCUGAUUCGUGAUUUGAAAGCUUUCUCCUUCUCCCUGACUCCCAAGAAAAAUAAAGAAACAGAAACAAACAAGCAAAACCAAUCCCAAACCCCACCUCUUUCUGAACCGCAACAGAGUCCGUUGGACCUGGGGCUCCACGUGAUUGGUCAUGCCCAAACAUCUAGCUGCGUGCCUCUCUUCUCUUCUCCUACCUUUGGAGAAAGUACGGAUCGUUUGUAGCCUCGCUUGGGGUAUGGGAAGCCUUUUAUAGUCAUUGCAAUUAAGGACAUAUUGGCUCCAGAUCUAGCCCUGGGUCACUGUGGGGAGGAGAAGGCUUGUAGUAGAUACUGGCAGGAGAAGGAGCCGAGGUACUGGCCCCUGUGGAGCUGGAAAUGCAACAGCAGCCCUUUUGUAGGCACCUCUCUCGCUGUGCUGACUGGGAGCUGAGCGUGCUCAACAGCCUCUUCUGGCACCUUUACCCAUCAAGGUAGACCGAGCAGGAAGCUUUCCUUCUGUGCCCAAUAGUGUUGAGUGUCAUUGAUGUAAAACUAAAAACCUACCUCUGUUGAGACUUUGCCCAGCACACUGUGCCUGGGUGGGGUGCAACAGCCUCGUUGUACCCACUGUCCUCACCUAAACGAACCCUCCUGCCAGCAGGCGAGACAUUGCCACAGGUGCUGAACCAUGCAUCCACAUAGAAACAGUCUGCCAUCGCCACGCGUGCUGACUCUUCGUCAAGUCAAAGCAGUGUCUUCAGGAGAGUAACAAGUUGCAUUUCACUCGGUGGGUUGUGGAGUCCCUGUGUGGCUCACAUGGUUAAGCUCUUGACUGCUAGCCAGAGGGUUAGUGUUGGAGCUCACCCUGAGGCCCUAGAAGGAAAGGCUCAGCGAUCCACUUCCUGAAGGGCACAGCCUGGGUCCGAUGGUGCAGUUCUACUCUGCAACACAUGGGGUCGCCAUGAGCCACAAUCAACUCCCUGGCUGCUUUCAAUCACAGUUUGGUGAUUGGUUUGGUUUUUUCCCCCCAGAGCUGCCCUGGAGGUCCAUGCUUCUGGCCCUAUUGGGGGAAUGGUUGAAGGCCCAUGUUUCUGACCAACUUCGGGGAAGGAAGGAGAGGGCAUUGAACAAAACAGAGAGACCCUUCAACUCUCAUCCCAGAUUUAAAGCCACGGCUUUGCAUUUGCAGAACCCCCUAGGCCCCUAGGCCUAGGCCUAGGCCUGAAUAAUGAGCAUUAACAAACCUGCUUAACAGUUGACUGCCACGCUUCUUCCCUUUGGCGGGUUCAGUAUUUGGUGGCGACCCCUGUGUCCAAUGGGAUCCUCGUUUGGAGAGACCCCGUGCUAGAACUGCGUGAGGCCCUUGCCAAAGAAAAGUGUUCGCCUUCACAUGGCGUCGCCAGCCUUCUAUGAGCUGGAGAGGGUUCAAAGCCCCUAUCCCGCCUGCCUUGGUUGUCCACCACGAUCAAUGGUCUCCUCUUUGCUUUGGGGAUGGGUUGGACAUCUACGUAAUAAAAUCCCGCUGAAAGGGCUAACGUGCCGAGAA